UUGCAGCCCUGGGGCAUUGGGUUUAAGUCCAGCCAGGAGACUGCAAAGACUAAAUGUGUUCCAUGCUUGCUGGAGCGUACCUAGCACGUUGGCACCGCCCCACCCCAGUACAUUUGACUAUUUUUGUUCUUUACUGCUUCCUCUGUAUGAUCCCCCUAUAGUUUGUAAGAUAUCAGUUAAAACAUAUGCUGUAUAUGAAUUGGGCCAAGGGGUGCAGCAUAUUAGGACACACACACAUCACAAUUGACAUAGCAUGUUUCUGGCUGUUUUUGACAAAAUUUGAACAGAAAGAACGAAGGUACAUGAGUUUCUGUCACACACUAGCAGUUUUGGAGGCAGGCUCACUUAACAUGCAUACGCAGUGUUGCAGAAGAGGAAGUCCGUAAGUUUCUUCCUCAUUAGACAAAAGGAAGUAUCAUUGCAAAAAGCUCCCCAGCCGGCUAUAUCUGUCUGCUAUACCACACCUCAGGGCAGUCAGUCCUCUCUUCCUUGAAUCUUGUCUCUAUUUCUUCUAUACUUUCAAUUGUUUGUGGUCUACAACCAUUUGUUAUUGGCCUCUGUUCAGGGAUACCAGUGACUGUGUUGCCUCCAACCCCCCUCCCAUCUUCCUGGGCACACGGUUGUGAUGGAGCUGUGGAGGCACUGUGCUCGCUGGUUGAUCCAAUGCCGGGUACUUCCUCCAAAUCACCGUGUGACUCUGGACACUGCCCAGGUUUGUGACCUCGCUCAGGCACUUCGGGAUGGAGUUCUGCUAUGCCAACUGCUCAACAAUCUCAUGCCAAAUGCUGUCAACCUUAGUGAGAUUAAUUUGCGACCUCAGAUGUCCCAGUUUCUCUGCCUGAAAAAUAUCCGGACAUUUUUAUCCACUUGCAGUGAAAAGUUCAAGAUGCGCAGAGCUGACCUCUUUGAGGCAUUUGAUCUAUUUGACGUCAGAGAUUUUGGAAAGGUUAUUGACACACUGUCCAUUCUGUCCUGGACUUCAGUUGCUCAGAAUAGGGGCUAUGAACCAUUUCCCACUGAGGAAUUAGAGACAGAUGAUGAUAUCUACAGUGGCCUUUCUGAUCAGAUUGAUGAUACAGGUGAGGAAGAUGAGGAUCUCUAUGACUGUGUUGAUAUGGAGGAAGAGGAAGGAAAUGAGAUCUACGAAGAUCUCAUGAAGCUUGAGGAACAACCUGCAGCACCUACAGAUGGGAAAAUGACUUCAGAUGACAUGAGGAGAUGCUGCCUUCAGGAAUUAUACCAGACAGAGGAAAAAUAUACAGACACACUGGAAUCUAUUACUCAGUAUUUUAUGAAGCCACUACAAAUGUUUCUGAGUCAAAAUGAAACGAACAGCAUCUUCAUCAACAUUAAGGAGCUCUUGGCUCUUCACCAAGUCUUUCUAUCAGAAAUGAAGAGUUGCGCCUUGUAUAAAAGCCAGCAGAAUUUGUACCAAGUAUUCCUGCGAAACAAAGAAAAGUUUCUUAUUUAUGGCACAUACUGCAGUCAGGUGGAAUCUGCUACUAAGCAUCUAGAGAAGACUUCAAUGGAGCAUGAAGGAGUCAGGAUGAAGCUAGAGGAGUGUUCCCAAAGAGCAAAUAAUGGCCGUUUUUCCUUGAGGGAUUUGCUGAUGGUACCAAUGCAACGUGUACUAAAGUAUCAUCUCCUCCUGCAGGAGUUGGUGAAACACACAGUGGACCCAACUGAGAAAGACAAUCUAAAACUGUCUUUAGAUGCGAUGAGGGACUUGGCUCAGUGUGUUAAUGAAGUGAAGAGAGACAAUGAGACACUGAAGCAAAUAACAAAUUUCCAGCUAUCUAUCGAGAAUCUGACUGAUUCUCUUGCUCAAUAUGGGAGACCGAAAACUGACGGAGAACUUAAAGUCACCACUAUGGAGAGAAAGUCUAAACUGGACAGAUAUGCCUUUCUUUUGGACCGAGCACUGUUGAUCUGUAAAAGAAAAGGAGAUACGUUUGACCUGAAAGAAUUUAUAAAGCUUCAGAAUUUCCAGAUUCGGGAUGAUUCCUCUGGGGACAAAGAUAAUAAAAAGUGGUCACACAUGUUCCUGUUGAUUGACGCUCGUGGUACUCUUGGCUAUGAACUUUAUUUUAAGACCAGAGAACUGAAGAAAAAAUGGAUGGAACAGUUUGAAAUGGCUCUUUCCAAUAUCUACCCAGACAAUGCCCUUGCAAAUGGACAUGAUUUCCAGAUGUUUUCAUUUGAAGAUACAGCUACAUGCAAAGCCUGCCAGAUGUUACUGAGGGGUCUGUUCUUCCAGGGUUACAGAUGUUGCCGCUGCAAAGCUCCAGCACACAAGGAAUGUUUGGGUAGAGUACCUUGUUGCGGAAAGCAAGAUUCAGGGUCCUCUACAAUUAAAAAGCAGAAGCCAGGCCGGGGAAACAACAACAAAAGGAAUGAAACAGGUCUCACCAAAAUGGAAGCAUGUCAAGAAUAUGUGGGCAUUCCACCACCCCCCAUUGCCUUUGGCCCACCUCUGCGAAUGGAAAAGGGGGUUAUUGUAGAACUGACAAAAGCAGAAGCAGAUCAGCAUUGGUGGGAGGGCAGGAAUACAUCCAGCAAUGAGAUUGGUUUCUUCCCCUGCAGCCAUGUUAAGCCUUAUGUGUGUAACCCAGUACCAGAUCUGUCUGUGUAUACCUGGUAUGCAGGUCCUAUGGAAAGAAGAGAUGCUGAAGUCCUGCUUGCUAAUCGAUCUGAUGGGACUUAUCUGGUCAGACAAAGGGUGAAGGAUGCUGGGGAAUUCGCUAUUAGCAUCAAGUUUAACCAGGAAGUUAAACAUAUGAAGGUUACAUCUCAGGGUGGGCUCUGGAGACUCACUGAGAAGAAAGGGUUCAAGGGUCUUACUGACCUUAUUGUGUAUUACCAACAAAAUUCACUAAAAGACUGCUUUAAACUUCUUGACACAAUGCUACAAAAUCCAUUUAAGGAACCAGAAAAGAAAGACAACCCUAAAACUGAAAAAAGAAUGAAAUAUUUUGGGUCGGCUCGAGCGCGUUAUGAUUUCUGUGCAAGAGACAGAACAGAACUCUCUCUAAAGGAGGGAGACGUCAUUAGGAUCCUGAGCAAAAAAGGACAAAAUGGCUGGUGGAAAGGAGAAGUGUAUGGCAAGGUUGGUUGGUUUCCUGCAAACUAUGUAGAGGAUGAUUUUUCUGAAUAUUGCUGAAUGACGAUAUCAACUGACAAUUGUUAUCACAGAUACUCUCUGCUAUUUCUAAGUAUCUAGACCUUGUAUUUCUGCUGCCCCUUCAAUGAUGAAUUCCAGGCUUUCAAGAGGGGACACAAGGAACUGUUUGUCCAUGGCUACACACACCUUCAGUAGCCUGAAUACAGGGAUUUAUCCUAAUGUGUUUAGUCGCAAGUGUACCCCAGAUCCUUAAAUGAAGAGAUAGGGGCCACGCUACAAGCACAAUCCACAGCCUCCAGUCAUUCUCUCACAGAACCUGCAUGUAUUCCUUAUCUUGGAACUUAUGUUUUUUCAUGAUUUUGCAUUUGACAAAGGAUAUCUGUUUAAUUUGGAUCACAUGCAAACUGGUUUAUACGUACAUCAGUUGUUAUGCACCCACUCUACAAUAACCACCAGGGAGAUAAACUCACAUUUAUACGGUAGCCACAUCCUGUGCACAUUUUACUGGAUACGGAAACAUUUUUAUAUAUGCAGGAUGCCAAACCCAACAGAUGAAUAGCUGGUGGCUAAUUUAAACCCUUUGUACACGUGAGAGGGGAAAGAAUUAUGAGCUUCCAGCAUUACAAAUGUGCAACAUUAAUUUUACUAAGUUAUCAGGUACUGGAUGGAUUUACUGAAAGUCAAUAAAGGGAACUCAUUUGCACCUUUGCAUGCAAGUUUGUUACGUCAUAUGACACUGCGAAUUAGAAUAUUUUAUUUGAAAGGUACAAAAUAUAAAGGCCCUAUUAUCCCUAGUUACAGAGUAGCAUGGUUUGGGCAUGUGGCCCAAAAACUAUUUGACUUUACUUCUGAAUUUGUUGUUGUCAAUUAUUUGCAUAGUGGCAUCCAUUUCCUAGCAGUCAUAUAAUGAUGAUCUGGUUGCUUUCUGACAGGCAAUAUCUACAUGGCAGGUAUUUUAAAUGCACAGUUAGGGCAAGAGCAUACUAAACGUAUUCAUCGAUUUCCUCUGCAGACAUUUUUAGAGGAAAUUGGAUCCACUCUUAUGUAUAAAUCCUCAUAGUUUCAUUGACAGGCCUGGCGUGCAAAAGAGUGGAUGCAUUUUUGUGCCCAUAUCGGCUCUGUGUAACUUCACCCAGGCCAACACUGGGCCUGUCAAUGGAGCUACGGAGUUUUGUACAUAAGAGCAGAUCCACCUUCCUCCGUGUCUAUAAAAAACGCCUGCAGAGGAAAGCGGUGGAUAUGAUUUUGCAAAGGCAAAGCAGCAUCAAUUUUUAUUCGAAAUGCUUGUUAUCAGUGACUAUGCAGCUUGCAUGAUGCCUCCAACUGAUUUAAAGAAAGCAAAAAAGGAAAGGUUGCUUAGGAAAAGUAAACAGAAGCACUGAAGUUUAAGGGCAAUGUCACAUGAUGUGUAGGGUUGCUUCUUUCCACCAGUAGGCAGGCAGC